GUGGACAUACACACGCCCACAAAGGAAACCCGCGUGUUUCUUUGAGGUUCCUCAUGAAUAUGAUUAAUAUCGUUUAAUAAUCUAUACUAGAUCUAUUGUUCGAACCAGAAUGACUUUUCAUGUGAAUUUGUAAGCGAUCGCUCACACAUUUUGAUCCCACUUCUAGCUACAUCACUGCGCAGGGAAUCUGCUUGUAGCUGCAUUGUUGGAUUUGGUGGAUGCCACAUGUUUCGUUACUACUGUUAGCUAGCUUGGGAGUUCUUUUUACGUCGCUGGCGGUCGCUGCCCACGGUUCCUACACUGGCAAUAUUGAAUUAACAUAGAGGUCAGAUGGAGAAGCCUCCCCUGCCCAAUGACGAUUACAUGUCAGUGACACCAGAGACUCAGCUGGACAGCUUGGCUGGCGAGGAUAGUCAGGAGGGCAUAGUGGAGCCCCCCGCCCGGGAUGGGUGGGACAGUAAACUGGAGUAUUUCCUGGCUCAGGUGGGGUUCAGCGUUGGCCUGGGUAACGUGUGGAGGUUCCCCUACCUCUGCCAUCAAAAUGGAGGAGGGGCCUUUCUCCUCUUGUAUGUGCUGCUCAUGAUCCUGGUGGGCAUUCCCUUGUUCUUCCUGGAGCUGGCGGCUGGUCAGUCCAUCCGGCAGGGCAGCAUCGGCGUGUGGAAGCACAUCUCUCCCAAGCUGGCGGGGAUCGGCUACUCCAGCUGUGUGGUGUGUUUUUUUGUUGCUCUCUACUACAACGUGAUCAUCGGCUGGAGCCUUUUCUACUUAGGAAACUCAUUUCAAUAUCCACUACCUUGGAAUGAGUGUCCUAAACACGAUAACAUAACUGUAAAGGAAUGUGCGGCCAGCAGUUCUACCACCUACUUCUGGUUCCGGAAGGCUCUUAACAUCACCGACUCCAUCGAACAGACGGGCGAGUUUAACCCUGUCAUCACCUGCUGCCUGCUGGCCGCCUGGACCAUCGUCUGCUUGGGCAUGUUCAAGGGCAUCAAAUCCUCUGCCAAGGUGAUGUAUUUCUCCUCGGUCUUCCCGUAUGUGGUGCUGCUGUGUUUCCUCAUCAGAGGGCUGAUGCUGGACGGGGCUGCAGAGGGCAUCAAGUACAUGUUCUACCCUAAGCUGGAGAUCUGGGGUGAAGUGCAGGUGUGGCGCCAGGCGGCAACGCAGGUUUUCUUUGCCCUGGGCCUGGGCUUUGGCUCGGUCAUCGCCUAUUCCUCCUACAACCCACGCAGCAACAACUGCCACCGCGACGCCCUCACUGUCUCCACCAUCAACUUUCUCACCUCUGUCCUCGCCACGCUGGUGGUGUUCGCCGUGCUGGGCUUCCGCGCCAGGGUAGUCGCAAUGCGCUGCGUGACUCAUAACUUGGAGAAGCUGUCGGAGCAGUUCUCAGUGGGCCCUCUUGACCGGGACCUGCUGCCCGUGAUCAACAUCUCUGACCCCAGCUCGGAUCCCCUGGAGGCCUACAGGGGCUGGUUCAAGGUUCACGGAGCCAAUGUCCCUGGCAACCUCACCGACUGCAGCCUGGAGAAUGAGAUGAACAAAGGUGUGGAGGGCACAGGGCUGGCGUUCAUAGCCUUCACAGAGGCCAUGACUCUGUUCCCGGGCAGUCCCUUCUGGUCAGCCUUGUUCUUCCUCAUGCUGCUCAACCUGGGUCUUAGCACCAUGUUCGGCACCAUGGAGGGCAUCCUCACACCCCUCACCGACAACUUCAAAGUGCUGAAGCGCCACAAGACCAUACUCACAGUGUGUAGCUGCAUCAUCGGCUUCCUGAUUGGAAUGCUGUUCACGCAGCGCUGUGGGAACUACUUUGUGAUGAUGUUUGACGACUACUCAGCCACCCUGCCCCUCAUCAUCGUGGUGGUGUUUGAGUGUUUCAGUGUGUCCUGGGUGUACGGCGCUGACCGGUUCCUUGAUGACAUAGAGAAGAUGCUCCACUGGCGUCCUCCUGUAGUCUAUAAGUACCUGUGGAAGUAUGUGUGUCUGCUGGCCAUGCUGGGACUGCUGGGAGCCAGCCUGCUAAAGAUGUGCUUCAAACGGCCCACCUACACUGCCUGGAACAGAGAAAAGGCCUCCGAGGAGACUCUGGACUACCCUGACUGGGCCCUGGGUGUCUUGGCUGUUUUGAUCAUAUUCGCCACGUUGCCUGUUCCCCUGGGCUACAUCCACUCCACCCUGAGGAACAGAGCUAGACGCAACUCCAUAGGAAGUGGCCUGGGAACCGACAUGGGGGGCGUAUACACUAAGUGCAGCACUGUGGAGUGUGACACCCCCGUAGCCGCCCUAUUGGACGAGCACCUGGAAAGGAAUAGAAUACCUAAGGAUUCUCCCUCGCCAUUGGCCGAGGAGAACCUCCGGCUCCUCCCACAGAGGGAAGGGGCAGAAGAUGUAGAGAAUUCAACUAGCGUGUGAGGGGGAGGAAACAAGGAGAAAACAGACUAAAAUAGGGAAAUAUGAGCUGCUUGAUGUCAGAUGUUACAUCAUGGUACCACAAAAGAAUGUAUACUGACGUCUACAUUGAAAAAUAUAUUUUAAAGAUAAAAUUACUAGUUUUGAAAGAUC